AUGUCAUCUAGUAGUAAUCGUAACCAAGCAUCAUCUGGAAUAUCAUCUGGUGUCCAUGUACUUGGAAAUACCGGUUCCAGUUCUAACUCAGGCCAGCCCAAAAUUGAGGAAAUUGUUGAUUCACCCACUGUUGAUGAAAACGGUCAAGAAAUUGCUUAUUUGGACGUCUACGUCCGCUUCAACCAAGAUUCCGAACGUGAUUACUGUUUCCAAAUCGACACCAAGACGACGUUUGGCGACUUGUUUAAAAUCUUCAAGACAUUGCCUAUUGCUUUGAGACCCAGUGUUUUUUACCAUUCCCAACCAAUUGGGUUCCAGAAAUCGACUUCACCAGGGUACAUGACCGAGGAUGGGAACUUCUUAUUUGAGGAUGAUGCUGCAAAACAUACAUCGACAAUUAUCCCACCUGAAGAAUUGAUUAAUGUCCAUGUAUGGCCGGGUCAAUUGAUUUUGCCAGUGUGGAAAUUUAAUUAUUUCACUUGGUAUUUUAUUCUUGGAUUGUUGGCGGCAUGGUUGUAUACUGACUUACCGGAUUUUGUUAGUCCUACUCCUGGUAUAUGUUUGACCAACUGGGCCACUAAAUUCAUGGCCUAUGUUGCUAAAUCCACCGGGUUUGUCAAUGUUGAACGAGCAUUGAUUAAGGAUUUAGAAGACCCUGUUGAUAUUUUAUUGCAGUGUUUCUUCUUUUCCAUUCAUAUUGUUAAAACUGUGGUUAUUUUCUUGUUUUUGUACACGGGUGCAUUCAAUCCAAUGAAACUCUUCCGUUUACCAGGAGGCGUUAAAUUAGAUGUAUCUCAAGACGAAUUGGUUUCUUUGGGCUGGACAGGAACGAGAAAAGCCACUAUUGAUGAAUACAAGGACUAUUACAGAGAAACCAAGAUCAAGGAAUAUGGAGGAAUGGUGCCUGCUCAUCAAAAGGGAUUAUUCAACACCAUUAGACAUUUGGGAGUUCACUUGAAACAGGGCGAGGGUUAUAAUACUCCGUUGACUAAAGAAUACAUGGAAACAUCAAUUAAAGAGUUGGAAAAAGAAUCCAAAACCAACCCAGAACUGUUUAAAUUGCAUUUGAAUUAUGAAUGGUUUGCCAGUUUGGGCUACACGUUUGCCAAGUUUGCUGAUGGAUUGGACACUAAACAAACAGCUGAUUUGAUCAAACAAUUUAGAAGAUAUGGAUUAUUUUAUAGCGAUCCUGUCGUUAGCGCAAUCAUUAGUGCUAGAAAACACCAAGACCCUCAAAUUGCUAAAGAUAUUGCCGAUUUACCCCAACCUAAGAACCAAGAGGAAGGAGAUGUCAAGGAGGACGAGGAUAAGAAGGAGAAGCCAAAACAGCCUCUUACUGAAGCUCAAAUUAAGGAGACUAUUGAUGCUGCUAUUAAACAGACUAAAGAGGAAUCAAAUUAG